CUUUUGUUCUUCCCCUCAUGGAAGAACAUUCUCUUGUUUUUUGGGUUUGUUUCUUGGCGGUUAGUACUAAUGCUGUUUUCUUUCUUGCAUUUUCAUCAUCUUUUUUAACGUCGAGACAGCUAGAGGACAUCACCAUCGAGUACCGGAAUCACACCGGCAUAUCCGAAUUCCGGCUACUAAAUCGGAAAACUGGACUUUUUAAGUGUCCUGAUCCAAACCCGUAUCUCCAAAUCAAUGUCACCAGUUCAAACCCGCAACUUUCUGAUGACGAAUUUGUUUCGGUCGACGUUGGCGGAGUUUUGGUUCCGGCAGAUAGUGACUGGGUUGCCAUGAUCUCGCCUUCUCAUUCCAAUAUAUCAGCUUGCCCAUUCAAUGAAGUACAAUACGUGCAAACUGGUGACCUUACAAAACUUCCCCUUCUAUGCCAUUACCCUGUUAAGGCGCAGUAUGCAAGCAAUGAUCCAGAUUACUUAAGUUGCAAGAAGGAAACAUGCCAAAAAUACGUAGACGGAGUUUGUGUGGUGAGAACGUGUAGUGCAAGUCUAACAUUUCACGUUGUGAACAUCAGAACAGACAUUAUCUUCGUCUUCUUUGCGGGUGGUUUUCUAACUCCUUGUGUUCUCAAGAUCUCUGAUUCUGUUAGCUUUUCCAAUCCCAAAAUGCCACUCUAUGCGCACCUCUCCAGUCCAGAUUCAACUGCCACUUCAAUGAGAGUAACAUGGGUGAGUGGGGAUAAUCAACCCCAACAAGUUCAAUAUGGAAAUGGACAAUUCGCCACAUCACAGGUUACAACAUUUACUCAAGAUGAUAUGUGUAGUUCGGAAAUUCCGAGCCCGGCUAAGGACUUUGGGUGGCAUGAUCCGGGCUUCAUUCAUUCAGCAGUUAUGUCAGGACUUCAACCUUCUACCACUUUUUCCUACAAAUAUGGAAGUGAUUCAGCUGGUUGGAGUGGUGAAAUUACAUUUAGGACACCACCGGCUGGAGGAUCAGAUGAACUUAACUUCAUUGCUUUUGGCGAUAUGGGGAAGGCACCUCGUGAUUCUUCUCUUGAGCACUAUAUUCAGCCAGGAUCAAUAUCUGUGAUAGAAGCUAUAGCAAAUGAAGUGUCAUCAGGGAAUGUUGACUCAGUAUUCCACAUUGGCGACAUAAGCUAUGCCACUGGAUUUUUGGUAGAAUGGGAUUUCUUCCUUAACCUCAUCGCGCCCAUCGCUUCUACCGUUUCAUACAUGACUGCAAUUGGGAAUCACGAAAGGGAUUACGUGAACUCAGGAUCAGUGUACACAACUCCAGAUUCGGGAGGAGAGUGUGGAGUUCCUUAUGAGGCAUAUUUUCCAAUGCCAACACCAUCAAAAGACAAGCCAUGGUACUCCAUUGAACAAGGCAGUGUUCAUUUUACAGUCAUUUCUACUGAACAUGAUUGGUCUCAAAACUCUGACCAAUAUAACUGGAUGAAUGAGGAUAUGGCUUCAGUGGACCGAUCAAAAACUCCUUGGCUGAUUUUUACUGGGCACAGACCCAUGUACUCAUCAAGCAUUGGCCUUCUUCCUGGUGUGGACCAAAAAUUUGUGCAAGCAGUGGAGCCAUUGUUGUUGGCAAACAAGGUUGAUUUGGUACUGUUUGGACAUGUUCAUAACUAUGAGAGAACAUGUGCUGUGUAUCAAAGUGAAUGCCAAGCAAUGCCUAAGAAAGAUGCAAAUGGAAUUGAUACAUUUGACAAUUCCAAUUACACUGCACCCGUUCAUGCUGUUAUCGGAAUGGCUGGCUUUGCUUUGGACUCAUUUCCAAACAGUGUCGAGAACUGGAGUUUAGUUCGUGUAUCAGAGUUUGGUUACGUUAGAGUCCACGCAACGAAGAAUGAUUUGACACUUGAGUUUGUAAAUUCGGGUACCAAAAUUGUUGAAGAUAGCUUCAGAAUCAUCAGACUGGUAAGGAGCAGGCAUUUUUUAGUGCAAUGAAGUAUUUUGAGUCUUCACUGUUUCUUCACAAUACAGUAAAGCAUUUUUAUGGAGCAGAAAAAAUACGAUAUGUAUUACAUUAAAGAUUGCCCUCAUAUACGUUUAUUCUCACCUUUUUCUUGUCCCCUUUUAAAUUGGGCAUGGAAUGUUUUUGUUCUUUUUUUCUUUCCCUUUUGGACAUUAAAUUGAAUAAACACAUAAUAUAUCCUCUG